AACGUGAUAGGCAUGGGUUUGAACUCGGAGUGGUUUCUUUUCAAUACACUUGUAUCAUGUUUAUUUGAACUCUUCCUUCUAAAGCAGCCAUUCAAAAUAAUAAGUAGGCUAUCGGCCUACCGAAGAGAAGCUAUCUCUCCACCUCCCCAACAUGAGCUGCUUGGCUAGUCACUCUCCCAAGUUGCGUGGGAACUUGGAUCUGCAGCACUUGGUCCCGUCUUCUAUUAAUCCUCGAAAUAUGGUUAGAUUUUGUUAUGGACACGUCAACACCAUAUUUUUGCACAGACCUGUUUAUUGAAUCAGUCACAUCUGCAGCAAAUAAGGUAAACUUCCUGCUCGUGAUAACGUGUAAUUGUUUAUCCCCAGUUAAUGCAUCCCAUUAAGAUCCACGACACCGGAUUUGUUUGUCCUCAAUUUGUGGUGUUCCACCUCGUUGAUUACAGCAGACAUUGUGAAUGAGUCCAUCUGCAUUCUGAAGGCCUUUCUGGCCUCUGUUUUUUGAAUAUAUCAAGAUUACUUGAUACCCAGAAAUCCAGCAUACUGUUGCACUCGACUAAAUGGGGGUGCUUCGUCCCCAUGUUAAACACGCGUUCUCGCACACUUUCCUGCAAACUUGUCCGACUUAGCAACAGUAACUAUGGGACUGACAAUGGGAGGAGGGGCUUGGGAUCGGUCAAUUGUCUCUUUCGACUGUCAUCCCAUUGUGUUCUGACCAUACUGACAGGAGCUAAGCCACAACACUAAUGUUCGCUAAUGUGAUGGUUUGCUGAUGGAAGAUAUAGCCUAGGACAACUGUCUAUGAGUCAUAGGGAUGGGUAGUAAUUAUUUUUAUAUAUAAACACAUUAUAUAAAGUAUUUAUUUUUUUCAAGGAACGGCAACUUUCCAUAUUCCUUUUUCAAAAUGGUACUUCUACUCUUACUCAAGUACAUUUUUGAGCCUACUACACCGAAGUAGAUGUUCAUAUCUAACCGCUCAGUUAAUGCAAUGACGUCCUGUCAGCUGCUGCAUCUUUUGGUGAGACUGCCAGAGUAGCAACGAGACUAGAGGAAGCAGGGAGUCACCACAAGAUUGAGAAGAACAUUGUGCAACAAAUGAGAAUCCCCAAAGUAAUGAGCUGCCAAUCAAGAAUGGACAGAAGGAGGACUGAUGAUGUGGAUCUCAGAGAUGUACUAAGAGGAAGAGACAGAGGUCGAUAUUGGAAGGGAAGACACAGUAGCACUGGAAGAGACAGAGGUCGAUAUUGGAGGGGAAGACACAGUGGCACUGGAAGAGACAGAGGUCGAUGUUGGAGGGGAAGACACAGUGGCACUGACAGAGGUCGAUGUUGGAGGGGAAGACCCAGACCUGAGCAUGCCGAUCAUCGCUAUGACAAUCGUUACAUACAUGAAUCUUUUAACCCAUCUUCUGAACAUGUCAACCCUGAACAUGGGGUCAUGGAGAAGAAGGAAAUUGACCUGAUGAGAGGGGAUUGUAGUGAGUCCAGAGGACAUGAUGGACACACUGAAGGCACUAUCGCAGACACCAAGAGUGGCGUCUGUCAGACAGCGUCCAGAAGAGUCUCCACUGAUACUUCUGUUGCCCAUGAGACUCAUAAGAAGAAGAGAGGUGACAAAAUUCACUUGAAGAGUGAAGUGUUAAAAAUGAUUGUGAAGGACCUGCAUCCACCACACCUAGUUGAAGAAGCUGGAUUCAGAACUUUGGUACAAGCCCUGAUGCCAUUUAGUCAGAUGCCAUCUACAGGCUCUUGGGCUCGUUCUCAACUGAAGAAAAUGUAUGAAGACAAAAAGGUAGAAGUGAUAAACGCUUUACACUCCACUGAGCACGUUGUGUUGACAGCCGAGAUGUGGCAAAGGUCAACAGAGACACACUUGACAGUUAGUUGCCACUUUCUUGAUGACAAAUGGACAAGGAAAUCCUACAUUCUCGAAACAGCACGCGUCAUUAAAGAACACAGUGUUGCAAGCAUUGUUGCCAGAAUUGCAAGGUCAUGGGGCAUAGGGAAGAAGAUCCAUGUGGUUGUCUCCAAUUUGCCAAAUGUAAAAGAGCCCUUUCAAAAGAGGGGAUGGCAUGAGAUGCCCUGUUUUGCACACGUUCUCGACACCAUGUUUGAGAUGGCGACUAAGUCUGUCUGGGAAGACCAGUGGGGGGACCUGCUGAUGAAAUGCAGAAAUGUUCUGGACUACAUUAGUGGUAACCAGGAAGCAAUGCAAAACUUCAAGAAGCAUCAGGGGAUCCUUCCACUGUACUGGCCCUUGGAUGAAAAGUGGCCAUCGAUCUUCAACUUACUGGAGUGGAUCUUAGGACAAAUUGAUGCCAUUAAAGCUAGCCUUAUUAGCCAGGUUAAGAGUGAAAUGUGGAUUUCCCCUGAGGAUGAGCAGAAGCUCAUAAAAGCUCUUGCAGUACUUAGAGUGUUCAGUGAUGCCAUGCACUGUAUGAAGAAUGGCUACCAUUCCAUUUCAGAGAUAAUCCCUUUUUUGCUUGAAAUUCAUAGCAAACUGAGACAAUUUAGGAAUGAGAUAGGGAUUGAGAUUGUGAAAAAAUGUGAGAAGCAUAUAAUUAACAUGAAACAGAGCCACUGGUUAACUUUCAGCACAGUUCUGGACCCACGAUUCAAAAUGUUUCACUUUCUGGAUCAAAUCGAGAGCAGAAAAGAUAAUAUUGUGAAUGAAAUGUCCACUGUUUCUCAUCAGGGAAAGUCAUCCUCAGGGCUAAAGCUAGACUUAAACCAUCUUAGAUCAGUCCUAGACGAUUAUGUGAGGGAAGAUAUUAUUUUAAUGGAGAAGGACCCACUUGAAUUCUGGAAGCUUCAAAAGCAAUUCAGUUCUUUGACUCCACUGGCUCGCAAAUACCUCACAGUGGUUUCCACAGCACUUCCAUAUGAGCGUGCCUUUAGACCAGACGUCUAUAUAAGAGAAAACAUGAAGCGCGACUGGCUACAACCAGAAGAUAUUGAUAUGAUGCUGUUUCUGCAAGGAAACCUCACCGUAGGCUAGCUAACCCAAGAAGAAAAUCACACAUAAAGGCUCAUCAUAGUUCAUCAUAAUGUAGCAAAGGUAACUGUAUAUUAUUUUUAAAAAGUAACAGAUAGUAAUGUUAUUGAGUACAUUUCUAUUAUUGUAUUUGUGGUUGAUGAGUAAUGUAACAUGUGGGACGGUUAUGGCAUAGUGGUUAAGGAGCUGGGCUAGCAUUAUGUGGCCAGAAAAGUUGUGGAUUCAAUUCCCGACUUCCACCG